ACAAGUGCUCUUUCAGAACCAGUUUGCAGAGCCUGUCACCCUGUGUUCCAGGAUCCAAACCAGCAAUGUCUUCCCCUGCACAACCUGCAGUCCCUGCCCCGCUGGCCGACUUGAAGAUUCAACACACCAAGAUCUUCAUAAACAAUGAAUGGCACAGUUCAGUGAGUGGCAAGAAAUUUCCUGUCCUUAACCCUGCAACUGAGGAGGUCAUCUGCCAAGUGGAAGAAGGGGACAAGGCUGAUGUUGACAAAGCUGUGAAGGCCGCAAGACAAGCUUUCCAGAUUGGCUCCCCAUGGCGCACCAUGGAUGCUUCAGAGAGAGGCCGCCUGCUGAACAAGCUGGCUGACUUAAUGGAGAGAGAUCGGCUGCUGCUGGCGACAAUGGAAUCAAUGAAUGCUGGAAAAGUCUUUGCUCAUGCAUACCUGAUGGAUUUAGAGAUGAGCAUAAAAGCAUUAAGGUAUGCUGCAGGCUGGGCCGACAAGAUCCACGGCCAAACGAUACCAAGUGAUGGAGACCUUUUCACUUAUACAAGACGUGAGCCUAUUGGAGUGUGUGGCCAAAUCAUCCCUUGGAAUGGUCCAUUGCUCAUGUUCAUUUGGAAGAUAGGCCCUGCCCUUAGCUGUGGGAACACCGUGAUUGUCAAGCCAGCAGAACAAACUCCUCUCACAGCUCUUCACAUGGCAUCUUUAAUAAAAGAGGCAGGAUUUCCUCCUGGAGUGGUUAACAUUGUCCCUGGUUAUGGGCCAACUGCAGGGGCAGCCAUCUCCUCUCAUAUGGACAUCGACAAAGUAGCCUUCACAGGAUCAACAGAGGUUGGCAAAUUAAUCAAGGAAGCUGCAGGAAAAAGCAAUCUAAAGAGGGUCACCCUGGAGCUUGGGGGAAAGAGCCCUUGCAUUGUGUUUGCAGAUGCUGACUUGGAUAGUGCUGUUGAGUUUGCACACCAAGGAGUGUUCUUCCACCAGGGUCAGAUUUGUGUCGCAGCAUCCAGGAUUUUCGUUGAGGAGUCAAUUUAUGAUGAGUUUGUGAGGAGGAGUGUUGAGCGGGCCAAGAAAUAUGUUCUUGGAAAUCCUUUGAAUUCAGAAAUUAAUCAAGGUCCUCAGAUUGACAAAGAACAACAUAAUAAAAUACUUGAUCUCAUUGAGAGUGGGAAGAAAGAAGGAGCCAAACUGGAGUGUGGUGGAGGACGCUGGGGGAACAAAGGCUUCUUUGUCCAGCCCACAGUUUUCUCCAAUGUGACCGAUGAGAUGCGCAUUGCCAAAGAGGAGAUAUUUGGACCAGUGCAGCAAAUCAUGAAGUUUAAAUCUACAGAUGAUGUGAUCAAGAGAGCAAACAACACAACCUAUGGUCUAGCAGCAGGACUCUUCACGAAAGACCUGGAUAGGGCCGUCACUGUGUCUUCCGCUCUGCAGGCCGGGGUAGUGUGGGUGAACUGUUAUUUGGCUAUCCCUGUCCAGUGUCCAUUCGGUGGAUUCAAGAUGUCAGGAAAUGGGCGAGAACUGGGUGAACAUGGUCUUCAUGAAUACACUGAGCUCAAGACAGUUGUAAUGAAAAUAUCUCAGAAGAACUCCUAAAGAAGCCAGCAGAGAAGAGAAACUCUCAGCAAUGGCUACACAUCGUCUAUAGUCAGCAGCAGAGUGGUGUUUUACUAUAAUUUCUUCUGUUGAUUACUUCAUCUGUAUUACUGUUACUCACGGAAAAGAUGCAGCUUAUUCUGACAGAUUCAUUUACUUUUCAAUCUGUGAACCCAGUUCACAUCCCAGAUCAAAAGGAUACAUGUAGGUUCAAGCUCUCUGUCUGUAACUCUCAUGAUCAGGUGCUUCCCAGUGUGGCUACUUGUCUAGAGUACUCAUUUGGUGAGGAGGGCCAGUCGUGAUUUAAGCCCCUUUCCCUCACUGAUUCCUUCAGCUGCUCACCAUGCAGGACAACUGAAAAGCCAGCUGCUCUCUUCCUCGGGGUUAUUCCUCUGAGUGUUGUGAACUAUUUUCUAGAAUGCCGUGACUGCUUGUCAACUGACAUGCCUACCUGUAAUUAGAAUGCAAAGCUUAAUAAAGGCAAUCUCACAUGA